AUGAGUGGAAUCCAUCGAUUUCUAACGCGUCGCGAUCGAAACCAUAAAUUGAACAAGCAAAACAAAGAAGAGGCAUCUCACAUACUCUCACGACCUCUAUUCCAUGGGUUCUUUAAGCCAGAGGCACCGCUCGAAGAUGAUCACGAAAAUGAGAAGAAGGUCAAAGCCCUUGUUCAACGAAUCAGAAAGCUUGGGAUCACUACUUUAGAGGAGGCACAUAUCAGUUAUGCGUUACAGAGUACGCAUGGGGAUGCGGAAAAGGCGUUUAGUCUGCUACUUCUGCUUGAGGACUCCAUUGAAGGAAUCAUCAGAAGUUACACGCCCAAUACGAAGCUUCUCGGCGCAGAAAACCGACAAGGCGUCACAUGCUAUUUAGACGCGCUGUUAUUUGCCAUGUUUGCGCGUCUGGAUUGCUUUGAGGGCAUUCUAUACAAAUCUUUCAAUGAUGAGCCUCGUCGAAAGCUCGCAAUCCUUCUGAGACUAUGGGUGAAUCUGCUGCGUUCGGGGAGACUCAUUACUACAGACAUGACAAAACACCUACAGGAUGCCCUAUCAGAAUGUGGUUGGGAGGAUGCAGCCAACCUUCGCCAGCAGGAUGCUUCGGAAGCAUUCACUUUCAUCACCGAAAAGUUAGAGUUGCCACUUCUGACUCUGAAGAUGGACAUCUAUCACACUGGAAAGGAAGACGAGAGUGACGACCAUAAAUUCAUCAACGAGAGACUUCUAGAAGUUGCCAUACCACCUGCGCCAGCUGAUGGACACUCCCUCACCCUGGAAGACUGCCUGGAAGCUUACUUCAAUAAUAUGAUUGAAGUCAAAAGACAUAUGGAACGGCGCAACACUACUGAUUCAGUAAGAUCAGUGGAUUCACUUUCCAUAUCCAAAGGGUCCAGCGCGCAUGUUGAAACAGUGGAGAUUGAGUCACCCACACCCACUUUGUCUCCCGCUCAAACAAACACAAAUACACCCCAGGUAGAAAAGCCAAGCCCGUGGUCAUCGUACCAUGAAUUUGCGGAAUCCCUCGAAACAUCUCGAACUCCUGGUCGACGUGGUAGUAUUGUUCAGCAGCGUUUCUUUCCAGACUCAAGUGGUGAUACACACUCUGAAACUGUGGAUACGGAGAAAGGAGGCACCGGUGCAGAUCAAGAUAUCAAUACCAAUACGCUACCCCGACGGGGCACAUACAAGAAAGAGGUAAUGAUGCCGGCGUGGCAAUUCUUCAGUUUGAUACCAUGGUAUACUGAUAAUUCGCCAACAAACGAUGCCCAAGUUGCAGCACACUUUUCUACCAAGCGUCCUAUUCUUGGGAUGUGUCUCAAACGUUAUUCAUUCUUGCCAGACGGCAGGGCAGUUCGUCUUGAUACACAUAUUGACAUACCAACCGAAAUCGGUCUGCCUCAUUUCAUCCAAGAUGACAAUUUAGAUGCGAAUGCUCCCAUCUUUGGCAACUUCAAACUCUCUUUACAGGCUCUAGUCUGCCACAGGGGUAACUCGGUUGACUCAGGUCACUACAUUUCAAUUGUUCGGGGCACUAGCCCCAACGGUGGUAUCCCAGUCAAUGGCUCGGCCCCGGGGUCAUCGAAACACUGGAUGCGCUUCGAUGAUCUUGCAGCAGAACGAGUAACACUGGUUGAUAUUGAUCACGCCUUGAAGACUGAAUCACCCUAUCUAUUGUUCUACCAAAUCCUUCCGAUUGGCGAAGAUCCAUCUGAGGCCUAUAUCCCAAACCCACCGUCAUCUCGGGCAUCUGAUGGUAGUACCCUGGCCGAUCAGACAGAGUUCAGCUCUGAGGAAUUUGCCCCUGAUCGACCGAGUGUGGAAGUCACGGCCCCAUGUGAUACUGUUGGACAAAUAUCUGUCAAUCCUGCAAGACGAUCCAGCACAGCAUUCUCAGAAACUAGCAACCCAGCAGGUCUCUAUCCCCGAUCUAUUCCAUCUUCUUCGCCAAGGCUAGCACCAAUGGAAGAGGGAAACACGAAGGGUCCCUCGUUCUCGCGCCGUGGGUCUCGACCAGCUCGGAGUAAUCCCGGAAGCCGUGCUGGCAGCCAAACUGGUGAAAACAGAAUCAGCGCUACUAUUUCACGCUUUGCUGAGCGGCUUAGUCGUGAUAAAUUUACCAGUGACGGUGAGGGGGAUGAGCCUGUAUUGGAGAUUGAAGAUACUCUGGACGAUAUGAGACUCGGCCCCAGUGCCUUUGAGAGCAAAGAGAAGCGUGGGAGAGGGCGGACCAAAGAUCAGGAGCGAAACAAAGGUAAGGCGAAGGAGAAAUCUAAGAAACCAGACCGGGAAUGUACGGUGAUGUGA